AUGCUGAUUUAUCGUGCGACACCAAUCAGACCAGGUCAGCUCAACCCAGGAGAGAUGCUUUCCCAACAGAAAUAUAGAGCACUCCUUCCUAUCCAUCAAUAUCUGCAUCCCAAUCUAGAGACUAGUAGGGAGGCACAAAUAGCACAGAAAAAAGCCGAACGUGAUGACUAUGAUCAGACAGCCAAGAAACUUCAAGAUCUACAACAAUUUCAGAGUGUCCGGUUCCAGUUAGAUCCCAAGAACUUAAUCUGGCAGAGGCCACUGUGGUACAGCAACAAAAUGAAAGUUCGCCCAGGCGAUAUGAGGUACAGACUGAAUCUGGUCCUCGGCACUUCAGGAAUCGUUGCCAUAACCGUCCAGCGAUUGAGAUCCAACCAGAAGAAUUAA